AUGCCGGCCGACAGACUCCUCAACACGGUUCUGCAGCUGUACCAAAACGUCCAUGACGACCGUAAGACGGACCAGAUCGUCGGCUCGACCGUGAACCUCCUCACCUCCCUCUCGAAUCCGCUGAACCUCGGCGUCCUCACCUCCCAGCUCCUCAUCGCCCCCGCCAUCUGGCACCGCCGCGACGGCCUGCGCACGAGUCUCCGCAUCAUUUCAAUCUACAACAGCGCCGCGAUACGGGUGCGGCAGAACGAGCUCGACGACGCAAAGGCUUCCUCGGUCGCCAACAAUGACUCCCGCACGAUUCAUACACCGACACCGACGAGGCAGGGUGGCGGUCUCAGCAGCGAGACGUGGGUGCGGGCCGUGGUCAAGGGCGCCGAUGACCGCUCCAACAGGUGGCAGCAUCUGCUGGUCCUGACGGGUAUCCUGAUGGGCAUGGAGGGCAACGAUAAGCGUUCGUUGUCGCGGGGUCUGCGCAAUACCCUGGAAGAGGCCGUCGUCACGGCCGCGAACCUCGCGCUGGAGCGCCAGGACGGGUCCUUCGCCUCGGCGUCCAUCGUGCUCGCGCUCAACUACGUCUUCCCGUUCCUCUCAGAGUUCCACCAGUCCGCCAUCAACUACAACGCACUGCUGCCCAUCACCGUGCUAGCCAUCACGGGAGAGGACGGGUUCCAGGACGGCGGGUUCUUGGAGGACGUUCGGAGGGACGUCAAGCAGAACGGUCCGUUCGUGGAGUGGUCUCCCGCGUCGCCGUCGUUCAGGCUGCAGCAGGCGUUGGAGAGCAAGCCGCUGAUGGGCGGCAUGGGACCGCUGUCCCGGCUGGCGGCCUUUGCCGUCACGAACGCGACGGACUCGUCGGCCGUGCUCGACGCGCAGGACUCGCUGCUCGAGUUUGCGCAAAAGCUUUUUCAGCAGUGGCAGCGCAACCCGUUGUCGACGGUCGACGCCGCGGACGAGACGGCGCGGCUGGAGCACAACACGCUCGAGGGGACCUGGCCGGUCCUCUGGGGCACGCUGAAGAAGACAAUGUACGCCACGGUCGCUGUCCUGCAGUCCAUUGUUGGGCGCAGUCUUCUCGAUCCACGCAUGAGGAACGAUGUCAUGGGUCCUCAGGUCGCGACCAAGACACUGCUCACUCUGCGGUUUCUGUUCUUCAUCUCGUCGAGGCACGGAGCCAGCUCGUUCCAGGCGUACACUUUUACCUACCUCACAUCCCUCGACAUCCUCGCACGGUUCGGAGAUGCUUGCGUCUCCUUCCUCACGGAGACGAAGCCCCCUCACGCAGGAGUGGUGCCCCCCGGCCCCCUCGACAGAACACUAGACCUGUUCUACCUCAACAUCGCCGAACACCUGCCCCUCAACAUGCCCACAGAAGCCUGCGACGCGCUGGUCGUCCGGCCGGCGACAGCUUACCUCACCCACACGGGUGCUCUCACAUCGACGACGGUUGAGCUCUUUGAAGCAGCCCACAGCGCCGUCCUCUCGGUGCUCUCGUGCCCGCACAAUGGCGCCCUGACCGUCACCCUCGUUCCCUUUUACGUCGACGCCCUGUUCGCCUCGUUCCCGGCGCAGAUCUCGACGCGGCAGUUCCGCGUGGCCUUCAAGACGGUCAUGCAGAUCGUCUCGCCACCCUUCCCCAUAUCCCUCGCCGAGCCGCAGCUCUCCGAAACGCUCCUCGAAAUGGUGCGCUUCAAGGCGCUGGGCGCGGGCACCGCACCGCUGCCCGCCACGCACGACGCGCUCGCGCAGGCUGAGAAGGGCCUCGAGGCGACCGCCGAGCAAACAGAGGUCCUCUCGGAGCAGAGCUCGCUCGUGCUGACGCUGGUGGAUUCGCUUCCGUUCCUGCCGCUGCCGUUGGUGGAGGAGUGGUUGACGCUGACGGCGCAGGCGAUGAACGAGAUUGCGGACCCGGCUGUGCGGCGGCCUGUGAGGGAUCGGUUCUGGGAGGUGCUGGUGAGUGGCGAGAUGGAUGUCGAGAGGGCUACGAUUGGGGUUGCGUGGUGGACUACCAAGGGCGGGCGGGAGCUUGUUGUCGGGAGGGAUCAGGUUCUGCUGCAGCAGCAAGAGCAGCAGCAGAUGCCGUUGAUGAGUGGUGCGAUUAUGGAUGAGAGUAAGUCGAGUAGGCUGUAA